AGAACGUUACCAGAUACUAUCAGUGUUAAUGACUGACCUUCAUUUGGACUCACUGUAAGUUAUUGCACUGCAUAACCUCAGGUAUUCAUAUGUUGAAGAAUAUGCAGGGAUCUGCUAAAGAAUGGAAUAUCUCUUUUGCUGGCUGUGGAUUUCUGAUGGCUUACUACUGUGGAGUCUAUAGCUGUUUAUUUGAACGGGCCCCGUUUCUUCUUAAGGGGGUGAAGAAGAUUUGUGGGGCUUCAUCUGGUGCUCUCAUGGGUGCAAUACUAGCAUGCCAAAUGUCUCCAGCUAAAUGCUGUGAAUAUUUGCUGGAAAUGUCUCGAGAGGCUCGGAAAGGCACCCUGGGUGCUGUGCAUCCCUCCUUCAACCUGCUGAAGAUAGUACGAAACUUCCUAAAUCGUGACCUGCCCGAUGAUGCCCACCUACUCGCCAAUGGACGGCUGUUUGUGUCACUCACGCGAGUGUCAGAUGGGACAAAUGUGUUGGUGUCUGAGUUUGACAGUAAAGAAGAUAUCAUUCAGGCUCUGAUUUGUAGCUGCUUUUAUCCACUGUACUGUGGUGUGAUACCUCCAAGCUAUCAUGGAAUAAGGUAUGUAGAUGGAGCAUUGAGUGAUAACAUGCCUUUCUCUAGUCUGAGGAACACAAUCACCAUCUCGCCCUUUUCUGGAGAGAGCGACAUCAGUCCUUAUGGAAACCCUUUUUACUUCCAUGACAUAUACUACAAUAAUGUCAGCAUUCACAUCAACUUCAUUAACGCACACCGAGUGGUCAUUGCAUUUUUUCCUCCAGAGCCAGAGGUCUUGGCUGAGAUGUGUCAAAAUGGAUAUGAGGAUGCUUUCCUUUUUUUAAAAGAAAAUGAACUCCUGAAGCUCACAUGGCCGCUGUCAGAGCUGACCCUAAUUGAUGAACUGGAGAAAAUUCCAACAUCUAAGAAAUAUAUUAGUGAAAACAAGCUAAGAGUGACUGAGAACUCUAAAAACAUCCUUCCAGAGUCCAUCAAAAAAGUAUUUUGUAAGGCUACCAUGAGGGAGAAUGAAAAAAUAAGAUAUCCUCUCUCAGUGAAGCUGGUUUACUGUCUAAUGUGGUGCAUUUUGCCAGUGGAGAUGGCAUACAUAAUGCUUUUAAGGCUUGUUGAGUGCGCCCCAGAGAUGUCGUCAUAUCUGCUGUGGAUGUGGCAGAUGUUAAUGAGAACGAUUGGACAAAUAUUGAAGAAAGCUUUCUCAAUAAGUUAUUUAUGCAUACAGAAAUAUCCAACUCUUCCCUAACUCCCUUCAACUUCAAACCCAACUCACUGACCAGCACCACCUCUUGUUCCUCCUCUUCUUACAUACACUGUGUAAAUACUUUAAAUAAAAAGGCUUCAAUAACCUUUUGAAUCUUGAUUUGUAUGUAAU